CCAGGACAUUAUACAACCAAUGCCCUAAGCUCGUCGGCGAAAGCAGCACAGGACCGGGGAGUUACCGAGGGAGGCCUAUGUCGCCCGACCGAGGUGAACGUCUCUAUGGACCAAGAUCUGUAUCGGAGCAACCUGGGGUACGGAGACAAUUGAAAGAUCUGGCGUGUCACCAACAUGAAAGAGUAUAUUGAUAACGAAAAUGCGAAGAAAGCCGAAAAAGGGAAACGAAAGGUGGAGAAAUUGGAGCAAAAGCAACGUGAAGAGGCUGAGCGCUUAAGGAUGGAGGAACAACGCUUGGCUAAAGAACGACGAGCGAAGAGGAAGGAAGAUAAGUUCAGGAGAGAGGAAGAGCUUAGAGAGGAGAUGCGUAAGGAGCUGCGACUUGAGCUGUCGAUGCAUGUAGGCGGCCUUCGGGAAGAACUCCAACUUACCUUCGACCGCAAGAAGUGGGAGGAUGCUAAAAGAAAGCAGAAGGCUUGUUUUACGUCUGACGAUGAGUCGGAUGACUCCAACGAAAGUGAAGUUGAGGCGUUAAGCGCGCAAGCGGACAGACUCGUGAUUAGCGAGAAGCGUAAGCGCAGCGGGGAGAAGCCGGUGGGGGACAGCCCUCCCAUGGAAACUCCGGCGAAACGGACGGCGAAACAGUGCGUCCAACUCGGUGUGCGCCACUCGCUCAAGAAACGAUCACCGCAGCGCAAAACUCCCCUCGCUAGGACAACAAGGAGGAAGAUCCCAGCGGCUCCAGGAUCCUGCGGUAAACUGAGGUAUAUCACUGACAAUAUAAGGACUCUGGGGGAGCUAACUUUAGAAGAACUGCGGCGUAUAUGUCGGGAUGAAGACGUGCAGUGCGAAGGCAUGAAGAAGAUGCCGACGAUUCUUGCCAUCGCGGACAAGCACACGAAGACCGCAUAUGGUUCGGAAGAGGAGGAGGCAGUUGUACGGGAGGGGGUGAAACUAGAUGAUGAGGAUCUUCCCACAUUGGAACUGAUGUGCAUGAAGCAAUGGAGCCCAGUUUUAAACAUCGUGGGGAAGGUAUCGAGUAAGACUAAGGCGGGAGUGAAGAGGAAAGGCCGACGUGAAAGAAGUAAGGUCGUACAUCCCCCAAGCACGGGUCAGCAAACUGGUUUCUUCCCCGUGAAAAUCCGGUGCAACGAAACUGAUGAAUGGCAUGUUAAUAUCUUUGAGUUGCUCGCUGACCUCGAGGCGUCUGACCGUAGAGCUCUGACGGUAUACAUUAAGCAGGGUAACAAUUGGGGUGGCGGAUGGAAAUCCAUUAGGUCUGCCUUCGGGAAUUCGGUGCUAAAAAUAGGGGGACAACGUCUGUUAUUAAAACACUGUAAGACGAGGUUGGAGCAAGGAGGAGCAGUGGAGGUCUGUCAGCUACGGCGAUGGAAACCGAGGUGUGCACCGGACAAGCGUUUUUUGAUGUCACUUUUGAAGAAUCCCAAGCGCAUCCCGCUAUUGCACAAAUGCAAUCUGGACGCGCUGAUCCGGCUUAACGGUGUAGCCAGGGACUUUCAAAAGCAGUCUACGACAGGUUAUUUACGGAGGGUUAUCGCUCGUGUUAUCAAGUCUCAAUUUGGUUGGAGUUUAAAUGCCCGAGUCACAAUUCGGCUGAGGUUCGAUGACAGGAUUCGACUGGUGGAGGUGAGAAAGGUGGUUAACGACAAGAUCGAGGGGUUGACCCUACCACCCUGCAUGAAGAACGUAGCACGUAAUUGUGUACGCAUCGUUUGGGUACGUAACCCAUCGGUGGCGGAUAUCCUACACAAUCAGCGGGCUUAUGCGAAGGCUGAUGUGCUAACCUGCACUUGCGCAGGUUUUCCCUACCCCAGGGUAGGCGGGCACGUGCUCGUUCGAUUACAGGAUCUGGAAGGGGUUGACCCGUUGAUCUGCAAUGCUAAUAACGUACCGAAGUGUAAUCACAGUCAUAGAGGUGAGCUACUCAGGCAGGAGAUUCGAGAGGGUUUGCGGUCAUGGUCAAACCUUGGCAAUACCACUCCAGUGGUCCAUCAUCGGGAAGCGGCACGAUGCUUGACAGCCAAUCCGGUAAUAUUGACGAAUGUCCUUGAUGUCGCCGAAGUGCAUCGGCUGAAGUCCAACUUGGAUGGUCUGGUUCUAACCCCCCUGGAUCGUAACCCAGGGGAAACCUUGGUACUAUGUCCUAAAGUUUACUACGAAGCCAUGACCCAGCUGUUUGUGAGCAGCUUGGGUUAUGUUGCGGUGUACAAGUCAGAGCAGGAGGUACUCGACUGUAUAAAGAGGGAGGUAACAACGUUCGGUUUGCUAAAGUUCGCGAAAUGGGACCGUAAGGGUCAUAUCGGGGAAGCUUAUGUUAUGCCGAAACAUAAGGACUUGUCCCGAUAUAGACCAAUCUGCCCCACCUUUCUGGAGCCUACGGCCUACUGCAUGUUUGCAGUGGCAGGGCAUGGUAACUGAUUAGUACAUUUUUGCUAGGAUCGAUUCCAGGUCAUUGGGUCCAUAUCUGUAUGGUCGGGUCUUAUCUGAACGACGGACACUUGAUGCAGGGACAGGGCGUCCCGUGCUGAAUCGGAUUUAGUGUUGAUCUUUGUUCGAUUUGAUUUUUUUUUUGUUGUAGUUGUCUGGUUUGGCUCUUAGUAUUUUAGCCUCGUUGCGUACUCGAGUUCACCGUACGUAGCCAGAUUUGGUGUUGACCUUUGUUUGAUUUUGAUUUUUCUGGUUGUAGUUGUCUGGUUUAGCUCUUAGUGUU